CGGGCCGUGCGCCGCGCAGCCGGGCAGCCUCGCGCGCAGCCACCGAGGAGCGGGCGGGAGUCAUGCGGCAGCCUUGAGCACGCGGGGCCGGCGCUGAGGAGCGCGCGCGGCGGGCGGGCGGCCGAGUAUGGAGCUGAGCCUGGAGAGCCUGGGGGGCCUGCACGGCGUAGCCCACGCGCAGGCGGGCGAGCUACUGAGCCCGGGCCACGCGCGCUCGGCGGCGGCGCAGCACCGCGGCCUGGUGGCGCCCGGGCGCCCGUGCCUGGUGGCCGGUAUGGCGAGCCUGCUGGACGGCGGCGGCGGCGGGGGCGCCGGGGGCGCGGGCAGCGCGGGCGGCGCGGGCGGCGGCGCGGACUUCCGCGGGGAGCUGGCGGGCCCGCUGCACCCGGCCAUGGGCAUGGCCUGCGAGGCGCCGGGCCUGGGCGACUACACGACGCUCACGCCUCUGCAGCACCUGCCGCCGCUCGCGGCCGUGGCCGACAAGUUCCACCAGCACGCGCGGCCGCGGCCCGUGGCCGGGGCGCACGGCGGCCACCCCCACGCGCACCCACACCCGGCGGCCGCGCCGCCCCCGCCCCCGCCACAGCGUAUGGCGGCCAGCGUGAGCGGCAGCUUCACCCUCAUGCGCGACGAGCGCGCGGCGCUCGCCUCCGUGGGCCACCUCUACGGACCCUACGGCAAGGAGCUGCCCGCCAUGGGGUCGCCGCUGUCACCGCUGCCCAACGCGCUGCCGCCCGCGCUGCACGGCGCCCCGCAGCCCCCGCCGCCGCCGCCCCCGCCGCUGGCCGGCUACGGCGCGCCGGGCCACCUAGCCGGGGACAAGCUGCUGCCACCCGCCGCCUUCGAGCCGCACGCCGCGCUGCUGGGACGCGCGGAGGACGCACUGGCCCGCGGGCUGCCCGGAGGCGGUGGCGGCACUGGCGGAGGCGGAGCGGGCAGCGGGAGCGCCGCGGGGCUGCUGGCGCCGCUGGGCGGGCUGGCUGCAGCCGGGGCGCACGGGCCGCACGGGGGAGGCGGCGGCGGCCCCGGCGGGGGCGGCAGCGGCCCCAGCGCGGGCGCGGCGGCCGAGGAGAUCAACACGAAGGAGGUGGCACAGCGCAUCACGGCGGAGCUGAAGCGCUACAGCAUCCCGCAGGCGAUCUUCGCGCAGCGGAUCCUGUGUCGCUCGCAGGGCACGCUCUCCGACCUGCUGCGCAACCCCAAGCCGUGGAGCAAGCUCAAAUCCGGCCGCGAGACCUUCCGCAGGAUGUGGAAGUGGCUGCAGGAGCCGGAGUUCCAGCGCAUGUCGGCGCUGCGCUUGGCAGCCUGCAAGCGCAAGGAGCAGGAGCAGCAGAAGGAGCGCGCGCUGCAGCCCAAGAAGCAGCGCCUGGUGUUCACCGACCUGCAGCGGCGCACGCUGAUCGCCAUCUUCAAGGAGAAUAAGCGCCCGUCCAAGGAGAUGCAGGUCACCAUCUCGCAGCAGCUCGGCCUGGAGCUCAACACCGUCAGCAACUUCUUCAUGAACGCGCGGCGCCGCUGCAUGAACCGCUGGGCCGAGGAGCCCAGCACGGCCCCCGGGGGCCCCGCCGGCGCCGCGGCCACUUUCUCCAAGGCCUGAGGCGCCCCGGCCCGCGCCCUCCCUGCCUCCACGGCCUGGGCGCUGUGCCCCCGCGUCUCGUCCCCCCAUCCUGCCGGCCCGGAGCCCCGCCCCCCAGGGGGCACCCGGAGGGGGUGCCGUCCGGACCCCCCACCCCCCCCAGCCCAAGUGCACAAAACGGGCCCCCUCCUCCCUCCAUGCCAACCCCUCCAGGCCAAAGGAAGCCCUUCACCCCCCAGAGGGGAGGGGGUGACAGAAAGGGGUCCCCAGCCCCCUCUCCAUUCAGGCGCCCAGAGGGCCCCGAGAAAAUCCGGGGCUCCCUGUGUGGUCCCCGAAAGCGGGUCAAGAAGCACAUACUAGAAAUGUAAACGGGUAUUUGAAAAAGGAAUUUUUAGGAAUAACCCUCCUCCGCCAGCGCCCCUGCCCCAGAGGGAGGGGGAGAAACCUCCCUUCCCCACCCGCCGCCCCUUCCAAAGCCGCCAAAAUCCCACAUCAAGCCGGAUCCUUAGGCCCCCGCGCCCCCCAAAGCCAACCACGCCCGCGGGCAGGACGCCCCCCCCAGCGGCCAGGCCUCCUCGUGCCAAGAACCCGCUGCCUUAAAGUCUGGGGAGGGGCCUGCGGCGAGCGCCCUUCCCGCCCAUCCGGCCGCAGGGGGCGUGGCUCCCACGCGCGGGUCACGCCCAGGCGCCCCCCCCCC